GAGUGUCCAGUCCAGAGCUGUCCAGAUAGAUACAGCAGAUUUGAAGUCAGCCUCUCCAUUGCUUUCCUUGGGUAUUAAACCCCUGUGAUUUUUGGCAACGUCGGAGAAUUGAACUCGCUCUUGCAUCAUGGGAAAAGUAUGUUUGCAGUGCGGCGACGUAGGAUUUGACAAUGCCUUGGUGUACUGUGUCCGAUGUCUGAAAUAUGCUGUGCAUCGCUAUUGUAUGGAGACAAUUACAUUUGACGAAUACGUUCAUUGGUUGUGUGAUGAGUGUGUUGAAUUACUCCCGAAACCAGUGGAAGUCACAGACGUAGACGAGCCCGUCCAUGAGGACAGCAAAGAGGAAUCGUCCGAUACUUCUGAUGAAAGUGACGGAUGUCCAAUGGAGGAGGACUUAUCAGAUGACAUGCCAUUAAGGGAAUUUUUGAAGAAAUGUAAGGCUGCUGUACAGAAAGAAGUGCUUCCCCCAAAGAAGAAUCCGAAGAAGAAGAGGAAGAUGCGCCCACUUGAUGAAGUAUCAUGCAAGAAAGCUCAAGACGAACGUACAAUAUUAGAUUCCAGCAAGCAUGCUACUUCUGCAAGUGGUUCAAAACCAACAAGUGUGUCUAAGUCCAAGAAGGCUGACAAACGGAAGGGAAAAAAUCGUGCCUCUGUGGAACAAGUUGAUUUGGUCAUGAAUGUUGCCCCAGCUAGUUCUGGUCAAGGGACUGCUGCGGAUCAAGCCUUAGAGGGUAUCUCUAGACUCAAUCUUCUUGAAGCGAAAGAAUCAGAAGAUAAAAAAGGAAAGAAACCUGAAAAAGGCACACCUGAUCCAUCUGCUGGAGCUGUUGGGCUAGCAAUUUGGAGCGGCAGCUUUACAAGAAAACAAAGCAUUCUUGAGGGGCUUGUAGGUCACCUCUCCACCAAAGCAAGCAGCAAAGUAAUUGAGGCUGCAUCUGAGUUUCCAACUCUUCUUAAUGUGGAAAAGUGCUCAAAAUCUGAAAUCUGGCCAAAUGAUUUUGAGGAAGCCGCGGCUACUUCUGAUAUUGUCGAACUCUAUUUUUUCCCAACUGAGAUAAGUGAAUCCGCGUUUGACAACUUGGUGGAUAAGAUGGUGGAUGAAGACCUUGCUAUGAAAGCCUCUACGCCGAAUGGGGAGCUUCUGAUCUUCACUUCUAUAGAUCUGGCAUUGAGAUACUGGAGAUUGAAUGGAAGGCAUUAUCUGUGGGGAGUUGUGAGGGAAAAGCAGAGCCCUUGAUUAAUCCAUGGAAACUACUUGCUGAAAUCAUCCUUGAAAAAUCAAAUGGAGUUGUGUGGUCAUUGUCUUGAACAAGAAAGGUAAUUGAACUAACUAACUACAUUGGUGUGUACUGUUGAGGGAAGGAUUGACUGGAGGCUAGGGUCCUAAUCCCAUUUCCAUUUGGAACACUACAAUCUCUUUGUUGUGUGUUUUGUGCUGCUGUUUGUCUGUCUGUUUGUAUGUCUGUAUUGGAUUGCUGGGUAGUAUCUGCCACCAUUGUUGCUGCUGUUGUUGUUUUCUUCCUGUUACAUACAUAGAAAUAAGAAGCUGCAGUAUCCAAGACUUGUCUGUGAGUCUGGAUAGAUUCAAA